AUGUCGCCUCCCAAAGUCAUCGUCUUUGGAGCCACCGGUGGUGUCGGCUCGGCAGCGGCCCGCACCGCCCAGGCCCACGGCGCCAGCGUUGUCCUCGCGCUACGUGACACGACCAAGAAAGUUCCCGGCCUCAGCGCCGAGGACGAGAAGACCGGCGCCUUUCAGCGCGUGCAGGGCGACCUCAGCAAGCCGGGCACACUGCACGAUGCCGUGGCGGCAACGGGCGCCACGCGCGCCUUCAUCUACAUGGUCCACGACGGCGUCGACGACCACCUGCGGGCGGCGCUAACGGCGCUCAAGGCGGCGGGGGUCGAGUUCGUCGUCUUCCUCAGCAGCUACGGCGUGCAGGGCGACAUCCGCGCCAUCACGCCCGCCACCUUCAUCCCCUACGCGCACGCGCAGGUCGAGAUCGCCCUCGAAGAAGUCUUCGGCCCCGGCACUUACGUUGCCCUACGCCCGGCCUACUUCGCGUCCAAUUCGCUGCAAUGGGGCGGGCAGAUCCGCGCCGGCACCGGGGAGGUCACGGUGCCGUACCCGUCGGCCGAGUUCGACUGGGUCGUGCCGGAGGACAUUGGACGAGUCGCGGGGUCGCUUCUGGCGCGCGGGGCUCUCAAGACCACCGCCGCUUCUCCCGGUGACGGCGGUGCCGAGGACAGCGGCAGGAGCUACUUGUAUCUGAUGGGUCCCGAGAUGAUAUCCCAGGCCGAUGUCUUGCAGUACAUUGGCGACGCGGUUGGGAGGGACAUCCACGUCGAGGCCAUUGUGGACGACGACGAGGCCACCGAGUUUCUGAUCGCCGCGGUCCACGUGCCAGAUGCCGGGGCUCGGGGGCUGGUGUCCAUGCUCAGGAACCGCGCGGCCGGGACCGACAAGGAGUUUGAACGCCAUCCCGACUACAAGGAGAUGGUCGACAACGUGGCCAAGUAUGGCGGCAAACAGCCGACCUUGUUCCGGGAGUGGUUGCAGGAGAACAAGGACUUGUUCCGCGCUUGA